UUCCCGGCCGCUUCCUUCUCCUCCCCGCGGCCGGACUCCUCCCGCUUCUGCUCCGCCCGCCGCCGCCUCUUGCUUUGUUGAUGUUUCACUUUGUUUUAAUUCCUGGCUCCCAAGAUGGAGGCGGCGCGGCGGCCACGCGAAGUCCUUCGGACGCUCCCUGGGGUCCUUCUUCUGGUGCUUCUGCCCUCCUACCUGGCUUUUCCAGAGCCUCCAGCCGGCUUGUCCCAAAUCGUUAGCCAGGAGAGCAUCAAGGUCCACGUUACUAUGUUGCAGAACAGUGGAGACCAUCAGGAAAGACAGGUUGUCCUUAAUAUCACCUAUGUUAACGGCCACGUGUAUGUAAAUGACUUUCCACUGAAGAGUGGGGUUACCAGGAUAAAGUGCCAGACUUUAAUAGUGGAGAGUGGGAAUGCUGACAACCUACUGAAUCAGAAGCGAUUAGGAAUUGUUAGUGUUCGCAUUAUGAUCCAUGAGUGGCCAUUGUCAUCCAACUCCAACUUGCAGUUGAUUGUGGUUCAGGAAGAAGUGACAGAAAUUGAUGGGAAACAGGUUAAGCAAGAUGAAGUGACUGAAAUUGACAUAUUAGUGAAGGAUUUAAGAGUACUUAGGCACUCAAAUUACACUGUUCCUUUGAAGGAAAGCAUGCUGUUUUCCAUCCCUAGAGACAACGAUGUUUUAUUCACACUUCCUAACAUUGCAAGAAAAGAUGUUGGAAGUCCACUGCAAACAACUAGUCACUAUCUUCUCAGGCAAGUAGAAACCACAGUAGAUGAAGAGACAUUGCCUGGCAAAUUACCAGAGACUCCUCUCAGAACAGAUCCUACAUCCUCUUACAAGGUGAUGUGUCAGUGGGUGGAAGACUUGAGAAAAGAGCUUUGCAAGUUCUGGCUUCGGUCAUUUCCUGUAUUCUUUAAUUUGAUGGAAGUCAUUGUGGUUGGAGUUAUAGGAGCAGCUUUAAUAAUAAAAGUAUUAAAAGUGUUUUGCCCAUGUGAGCCCAAAGGAAUCCUCCAUCUUGAUUUCAACGUUAUACCUGUGGUUGCAAUCAACUUACUUCCAGAUAUGCCAGAGAAAAAGGACAGUAUAGAAGAAAAAUGUAUUUGAAAUGUUCACCUCAGUGUGUGUAUGAGUUUGAUCCAAUAUUUGGCAUGAGUCUUAAUAUAUUGUGUAAUGUUAACUAUUAAGAAAAGGCUACAGAUUAUAAGUGUUUUAAAGGACACCUAACAUUGAGGUCCAGAAGAGUUCAUCUGGUUUUACUUCAACCACCUUAAUAUCUUCACACACACAAAGCACAGCACUUUCCUUAUAGAAGGGCUGCAGUAAAUUCUAACUUCUAUGAAGUAAUUUUUCGAUAUACAGUUUAAUCAGUCCAAGCACACCAGCUGUAUAAACCUACCAUGCUAAUCCAAAUAACCUCUACCUUCAAAUAUUUUUUACAAAUUUUAGUGGGACAUGUUUCCAAGUAAAUACUGAGAUUAUAGCUUUAAGCACUACAUAGUAAUAAAGAAUCUAAGUGAUUAGUCCCUAUUAACAAGGAAUGGAAUUUUGUAGGCUGUACUGUAUACAUCUGUAACAAAAAGAAAGCCAGUUUAAGUUGGAUACCCUUAAGUGUGCCUUGGGGGAGAAAUGGGUGGAAAGGAUCCUUUGUUUCGUUCUUAGAAUAAAUAGGCUGGUGGUGUAAUGCUUCAUUGAGUGUACAAAAUGCAAUCUGACAUUACAAGCACUUUAUUUGGUCCAUAAAAAUAAGGCCUCCUAAAAGGUGUAAGCACUUUUAAAACUGUGCUUUUUGAAGCUGCAGUAAACUUCUCAAACAAGAGCACAAAUGCCUUUAAAAUGGUGAUUUACAAAGCAGUUUUCCAAAAAAUUGUGUAUCACAGCUUUUCAAUAAAUCUUUACAUGUUGAAAGAAA